CAAUUUCCGCUAAUCUACGCAAAAAUCUUCAGUAGUACUUCCGCUCUAGUUGUAAGAAUAGCAAAAUAUGCCUCUAAAAACGUACGCUGUUUUACAUUUAGUGGUACUAUUUUCACAAGUUUACAGUGAAAGAAAUGAUGGAAGCUCUUCGAUACGUGAAUUGAUACCAUUACAGGCUCCAGAAAAUCUGACACUAUUAAAUUUUGACGACAAAGAUGUCAUCAUUAAAUGGGAAGCUGUAUCGCCUGAAUCAGUUCGAGGCACUUUCAGGGGUUACAUCGUCCGUAUAUGGAACCACGGCUUAAGUCAGGUUUAUGCGGUUGCUCCCGAUGUGACAAAGACGGCAGUUCAAUUUUUUCCUUAUUCCAAAAAUUUCAUAACAGUGUCAGUAAGAAAUGACAAGUAUGUGGGUCCAAGAAGCGCAGCUGUUAGCUUCGACGCUCCUCAAACAGAACCCGGAAUGCCCUAUUUGUUCGAACAGAACCAACUUGGAUCAAAAUCCGCUCUUCUACAAUGGAGCAAACCGUCUCACCCCAACGGAAUCUUAUUGGGCUACAACUUAUACUGCAGCGAAGCCAUCGAUUAUGGCAUAAACGAAAAAACCACCGUGCAUGAAUUUAUACAGGGGGCCGAUAACACCCAGGCCAAAAUAACGGGGUUAAAAGAGGGCCAGAAGUAUCAAAUUGAAAUAGCUGCUGUUAAUUGUGCUGGAGAAGGAGAACAUAAUACUCUUUUUGUGGAAUUGGAAUACCAUCAACCCUAUCCACCAUCUAUGCCUUCGUUUAAAUACAAAAUCAAUUACAACAUCACAAAUAAAAACGACUUUUUCGAGAAGGAAUGCUCCAAACCAAGAUACCCAUACGUUCCACAAACGACUAUGAAAAUAGACAUGUUUGAUGAUGAUUUCUACGUUUUGAAUGAAACGGAUGAUAAAAUACUGACACCCAAGUCAACUACUUUACCAUCAGAAAACAUAAAUGAGCCAAAAACCGAAGAGCACUGUUUUGUUAAAACUCUAAUCAAAUGGAUCCCAGACGUCGACCAUAAUCCUGGAGAGUAUUUUUAUAUUAAGUAUCGAAUAAAAGGUCAGAAGGAAUGGACUGAGACCUUACCAGAAUUAUCCGAAGAUUAUAUUAUUUUAAACCAAUUUAAUGGUUGUAAAAGCUAUGAAAUCAUUAUAGUAGCUAUGGACGGAGGAUAUAAGACCGAGAGUGAACUACAAGAAACGCCAGUAGUUGUUUUUGUAUAACAAUAUCUUUGUUUUUGUAUAUUUUUUGAAAACAUAAAUAUAA